AACCAGGGCAUCCACAGACUACAGAACUGGAGGUGGAUGUCUCAUUGGUCAAUGUCCCUGAUGUGAAAUUUGAAAAUGGUGAACCAGGACCAAACUGUGGCCAGCUGCUGUUGCACACUUCUCCUGAAGCUCAAAACAAUGAUGCGGAAGGGACUGAAAGUUUACGCUCAGACUCCAGUAAAACUGCAGAUCCGGAGCCAAUGAGACGACACGGUGACCACGAAGAUGCUGCUGUCCCGUCAGACAGCAACUGUAAAUCAAAGCUGACCAGGACCCACACGGGGAAAAAAGUAUUUUCUUUCAGCACUUGCAGGGAAGAUUUCAGUAAAAGUUGUAAUUUAAUGGAUCACAUGAAGAUCCACACUGGCGAAAGGCCGUACCUGUGCAACACCUGCGACAAAACCUUUACUACAUUAUCAAAUCUUAAACGGCACAUAUACACGCACACGGGCGAGAAGCCCUACAUCUGCAAUACAUGUGGAAAAAGUUACAGGCAACGUUCCCACCUGGUGGGUCACUCGAGGACCCACACCGGCGAAAAGCCGUACCUGUGCAACACCUGCGGAAAAUCGUUUGGACACUCAUCACUUCUUAAAAAUCACAUAUACACGCACACGGGCGAGAAGCCCUACAUCUGCAAAACAUGUGGAAAAAGUUACAGGCUACGUUCCACCCUGGUGGUUCACUCGAGGACCCACACGGGCGAAAGGCCGUACCUGUGCAACACCUGCGGAAAAACCUUUACUGAAUCAUCAGCCCUUAAACGGCACAUAACCACGCACACGGGCGAUAAUCUAUAUUUGUGCAAGACGUGCAACAAAGGUUUUAGCCGCAGAAUUGAUUUGCUGAGACACAUGAAAAAUCACCUGGAGGAGAAGUGAAUCGUGACAAAUGAAGCUCAUGUUGUCGUCCUCCGGGGGCAGCUGUCCACUCCUGUCUGACCCACAGAAGAAGAACCCGCAGAAGUCCAACCACCACCUCCUGUGGCUGAUGAUCCUAAUCCCCUCCCCACAAGGGUUGCAGGUUCAACCUGGAUUUAUGCUUCUCCGUCAACUUGACACAGAGGGAACGAUGUGGUUGUGUACUUUUUUUAAAGUUCUGCAUUGAGUUGU